AUGGAAACGACUCGUCGUGUUUGAGGAGCUCUGCUAUGCAUGUCGUCAAUUCAAAGGAAGAGAGCGCAUACAGAAAUCCAAGCGAAUUUACUGCUAUUAUAAAAAAAGAUGGCAAUCUUAUCCUGCACCAGCUUUCAUUUUAACGUCUCUUCGUCUGCUUCAGGUUCAUGUAGUCAAAGUAAAUACUCUGCUCAAUCAGUGAGAGCAUUGCCCAUAAGAAUAAUCACAGUUGGAAAAAAGAGGUCCCCUGGGGUACAGCUGCUGGUAGAUGAGUAUAUUGGCAAGCUCAAACAUUAUUGUCCCGUGGACGAUAUACAACUUCGCUCUAAUCCUAGAAAUGCUCGUGACGUGAGGGCUCAAGUUGAUGACGAAGACAUGGCAGCUAUGAAUCUUAUGAAGUCUGAUGAUUGGGUUGUUAUGAUGGAUGAGCAUGGACUUGAUAUUGGGUCUGAGCAGAUGGCGGACUUGGUUGCAGAUGCAGGCAACACUGGAGCUUCGAGGUUAUCAUUUUGUAUCGGUGGUCCUUACGGUCAUGGACAGCGAAUUCGAAAACGUGCUAAUAAAUCAAUCAGAUUAUCUUCCAUGGUGUUGAAUCAUCAGAUUGCAUUGCUUGUCCUCAUUGAACAACUUUAUAGGUCAUGGACAAUUCUUAAAGGGCAAAAUUACCAUCACUAGCCAUUGGAUUGUGUUUGUAUUUUGGAACAUGUCAUGAAGGAUUGCACUGUUUCUUAGAGAGAAAGAUACAAGUUGACUGGUCCAUGAAGACAAAUUCAAGGGCAUAAAUGCAUGAUCUAUAAAUUGAUGAGGUUGUGAUUUGAUGAUCUCGGAAGAAUGAAUUUGAUGUAAAUUACAAGUGUUAUAUAUUAUGGAGAAUGGAAAAUCUGUUUCUAUACAUUUUAUUUUGUUUUGGUUGACAAAAGAACGCAUAAAAUGCCGGACGAUUAAUCCCAAAGUUUGUAAAUAAUGAGAUUAUUCGACUUUGCAUUCUGUUUA